CUAAACUACGUGGCGGACUGCAGAGGAGAGGGUCCCGUCUUCUCCUGAUGUUUAAAAAAAAAGUAAAGCAAUUUCUGCCGCGAGCCCAGGAUGGGCGAGCCGCCCGAGAUCUCUUCAAGAUACCCCAGGGGCGGAGGAGAUGGGCUGGAUUUAGUAGGACAACUCGGUUACUAAUGACUCCGCGGCUGGCGGCGACCCGCCGGGAAAUCAGGUGCAAGCAUGUUUGCCUGUAGGUACCUGAGCUGACACCGACGGUGCCUAAAGAUGCUGAGCGGCGUUUGGUUCCUCAGUGUGUUAACCGUGGCCGGGAUCUUACAGACGGAGAGUCGCAAAACUGCCAAAGACAUUUGCAAGAUCCGCUGCCUGUGCGAGGAGAAGGAAAACGUGCUGAACAUUAACUGCGAAAACAAAGGAUUUACAACUGUCAGCCUGCUCCAGCCCCCCCAGUAUCGAAUCUAUCAGCUUUUCCUCAAUGGCAACCUCCUGACGAGACUGUACCCGAACGAGUUCGUCAAUUACUCCAACGCGGUGACUCUCCACCUCGGUAACAACGGGCUGCAGGAGAUCCGGACCGGGGCGUUCAGCGGCCUGAAAACUCUCAAGAGACUGCACCUCAACAACAACAAGCUCGAGGUGCUGAGGGAGGACACCUUCCUGGGCCUGGAGAGCCUCGAGUACCUCCAGGCUGACUACAAUUACAUCAGCGCCAUCGAGGCAGGCGCUUUCAGCAAACUGAAUAAGCUCAAAGUGCUCAUCCUGAAUGACAACCUUCUGCUGUCCCUGCCCAGCAAUGUGUUCCGCUUCGUCCUGCUGACCCACUUAGACCUGAGAGGGAACCGGCUGAAAGUGAUGCCCUUCGCCGGCGUCCUUGAGCACAUCGGAGGGAUCAUGGAGAUUCAGCUGGAGGAGAACCCCUGGAAUUGCACUUGUGACUUGCUUCCCCUCAAGGCCUGGCUGGACACCAUAACUGUUUUUGUGGGGGAGAUUGUUUGCGAAACUCCCUUCAGAUUGCACGGGAAAGAUGUGACCCAACUGACCAGGCAAGACCUCUGUCCCAGAAGGAGUGCUGGUGACGCCAGUCAGAGGGGCAGCCACGCUGACACACACGUCCAGAGGCUGUCGCCGACGGUGAAUCCUGCUCUCAACCCCACUAGGGCUCCGAAAGCCAGCCGGCCUCCCAAAAUGAGAAAUCGUCCGACUCCCCGGGUCACCGUGUCAAAGGACAGGCAGAGCUUUGGACCCAUCAUGGUGUACCAGACCAAGUCCCCGGUGCCCCUCACCUGCCCCAGUAGCUGUGUCUGCACCUCUCAGAGCUCAGACAACGGUCUCAACGUCAACUGCCAAGAAAGGAAGUUCACGAAUAUCUCCGACCUGCAGCCCAAACCUACCAGUCCAAAGAAACUCUACCUAACAGGGAACUAUCUCCAGACUGUCUAUAAGAACGACCUCCUCGAAUACAGUUCUUUGGAUCUGUUGCAUUUAGGGAACAACAGGAUCGCAGUCAUUCAGGAAGGUGCCUUCACAAACCUGACCAGCUUACGCAGACUUUAUCUGAACGGCAAUUACCUUGAAGUGCUGUAUCCGUCCAUGUUCGACGGACUGCAGAGCUUGCAGUAUCUCUAUUUAGAGUAUAAUGUCAUUAAGGAAAUUAAGCCGCUGACCUUCGAUGCUUUGAUCAACCUACAGCUGCUGUUUCUAAAUAACAACCUGCUGCGGUCCUUACCCGAUAAUAUAUUUGGGGGCACAGCCCUCACCAGGCUGAACCUGAGAAACAACCACUUUUCUCACCUGCCUGUGAAAGGGGUCCUGGACCAGCUUCCAGCUUUCAUCCAGAUAGAUCUGCAAGAGAACCCGUGGGACUGCACCUGUGACAUCAUGGGGCUGAAGGACUGGACAGAGCACGCCAAUUCCCCCGUCAUCAUCAAUGAGGUGACCUGUGAAUCUCCCGCCAAGCACGCAGGGGAGAUACUGAAGUUUCUGGGGAGGGAGGCGAUCUGUCCAGACAGUCCCAACUUGUCAGACGGAACCAUUUUGUCUAUGAAUCACAACACAGACACACCUCGCUCGCUCAGUGUGUCUCCCAGUUCCUAUCCUGAACUCCACACUGAAGUUCCACUCUCCGUCUUAAUUUUGGGCUUGCUCGUUGUCUUCAUCUUAUCUGUCUGUUUCGGGGCUGGUUUAUUCGUCUUUGUCCUGAAACGCCGAAAGGGGGUGCCAAGUGUUCCCAGGAGUGCCAACAACUUAGACGUGAGUUCCUUCCAGUUACAGUAUGGGUCUUACAACACUGAGACUCAGGAGAAAGCCGACGGCCACGUCUAUAAUUACAUCCCUCCGCCUGUGGGUCAGAUGUGCCAAAACCCCAUCUACAUGCAGAAGGAAGGAGACCCAGUGGCCUAUUACCGCAACCUGCAAGAGUUCAGUUACAGCAACCUGGAGGAGAAAAAAGAAGAGCCAGCCACACUUGCUUACACGAUAAGUGCCACUGAGUUGCUGGAAAAGCAGGCCACACCAAGAGAGCCCGAGCUGCUGUAUCAGAACAUCGCCGAGCGGGUCAAGGAGCUCCCGAGCGCAGGGCUCGUCCACUAUAACUUUUGUACCUUACCUAAAAGGCAGUUCGCCCCUUCGUAUGAAUCUCGACGCCAAAACCAAGACAGAAUCAAUAAAACCGUUUUGUAUGGGACUCCCAGGAAAUGCUUUGUGGGGCAGUCCAAACCAGACCACCCUUUACUGCAAGCUAAGCCGCAGUCAGAACCAGACUACCUCGAAGUUCUGGAAAAACAAACUGCAAUCAGUCAGCUGUGAAGGGAAAUCAUUUAGAACCCUCUGGCAUCAAAGGCUGCUGCUCCAAACUGUUGGAAGCACUGCAUUUGCUUUUGUGUUUGUUUGUGUUCUCCCUUUCCCAGCCUCAGUGGGGGACUCUGAAAAUGUUUGGGGGAUGGGGUGAAGCAAUGAUCCUGCUUUUUCACGUUUUCCUUUAAAUUAUUUCUCUCUGGCUCUCCCCACCCCCACCUGUCUUUCCCCUUCUCUCCUUAGGAACCAUCGUUGAACAUGAAUUUUUUUCAUGUAUGUUGUUUAUGGUUUUGUUCCUUCUUUCUUCUUUUGUUUUUCCAGUGUGGGAAUGGGAAGAGGAGAUUAUAGUGAAUGAAGAAAAGAGUAAGCGAACUUUUCCAAUGAAAGUGGAUAUUUAGUGUAUUUUGUCGAAGAUCUCCAAAGAUCUUUUGAGACUAUAAAUUCCUUUGUAAAUAAUGAUAUAUGGUAUUUCCGUCUUCAGUUACCAAGUAUAGCCACUAGGCAUCACUUCUUCAUGUUAAAGUGCCUUUGCACUUUAAGUACAUUACUUAAAUGUUGCUUUUAGCUUUGAUAAAUUGAACAUAUUUUAAUGUGUUGUAUUUUUGAAAUUGAAAACACUGUAAAAUAGAUUGAACUGUCAGCUAUAUUAAGUCAACGUACAGUUUGCUUGAGUUAUAGAAACCAGCCUGUCAUCAAAUGAUUCUAGUUGUAGGACUUUAUAGACUUAACUGUAAAAUAUUUCCUUUCCUUUGGGUUUGUUCUAAGUGAUUUUAUUUAAGUCAACUAAGGGGAUUUAACAGUGGACUAGAGGUAAUAAACCACCUCAGUUGGGAUUAGUAAUUCAUUAAUAAAAUAUAUUUAACCCAAUAUCAGAGUGAAUUGAACAAUUAAUGCCCUUCCGUAAAUCAUUAUUUUACACUAACAUGAUCAGUGUUUUAGAUUAUUUUCCUAAUUAAGAAUACAUUACACAACUUGUAAUAUAUUUUUU